AUGCUUACGGCACCUCAACGUUACGUGAAUAUGAUGGAUCCCAUCCGAGAUCCCAACAUGUUUCAACGCCAGUCAAAUGGUGCGACUCCUCGACAAUAUGCCAUUCCUGCGAACUCGAGCACCCCUGGCCAUGGACGUUCACGUUCUACAGGUCUCAGCUAUGCAGAGCAUGAGAUGAUUAGACACCGGAAGACACCUAAUGGCGGGAGGUUAUACGAGCCAGACACUGCCGCAUUGGACAAGAGCGUGCAAAUACCCGCGUCGAAGCAUCUCAUCCUUGGAUCUUCACCCGCAUUCCAGCGCCCUACCCCCUCCUUCGCCAACUCCUCACCGUGGUCAGAAACGAAACGCUCUCAGCGAUCGGACCGGUUCGGCGGAUCAGAUAUGGGAAGAGAUGGAAGACAAGAGAUGCAUUCUCAGUCCUACAGGCCCUCCAAACCAUUGUCAUUUCGCCCAGCUUGGGACUUCCCUGGUGGGCUUGAUUCGAUGCUCAACCAGACUCUGCCAAUACAGCCGACACAGAGGUAUUAUGUCCAGCCUGGCUCCAACAUCCCCACCGUUCUUCCCGCUACGCUUCAAUCCCAAUUCGGGCCCACUGCGUCUGCUGGCCAGGAGUUGUACGGGCCGUAUUGGCCAGACGGAACGUACAAUCCCUACCGUCCAGCUGCCGUUCGAGAUAGUCGGUUCUUUCCACGUGCUCCAGCCGAGAGGUUUCCUUUAGACCAUCAUUUUGAACACUUUCACUCUCUUCGAAAACAUGGCCGGCUACCAGUUACACCGAACGACAAUUAUCUGCAAAGCAUGCCCCAGCAGAUGUUAGGUACACCAAUGGGAUUGAUUGAGUCACCUUCGUCGAAAUGGAAUCUUCACCAGAAUACGUACCAUGCCACACAAUACCCCUACUCUCAUCCUUAUCCACUACCUGAACGCGCAAUGGGAGAUCCAGUGGCCCCUGUGACAGGACCAACGCUGGUAUCUCUCAUGCCUGGACCUCGGGCAGAGCGCAUCGCGUUCAGAGACAAGACCUUCGUCUGGGCCAACAAAAUCUAUAUGGAUCUUCUUCAGACAAUAAGAUGUACUACGAAAGAUCAGCGUUCGACCGCACAUAAUGGCUCGGGAAUGAGGCCUGCACUGAAGCCUGCCAUUUUCCCCAAGCCCCCCAUCAGGUCUGGAUCACAUUUCCAACUUGAUUCGACGGACCAACCACCAGUUCAGCGGCGGGAAACCUCUAACGCCUACCCGAAUACUACCGCCGAACAAUCAGCGUACGACAUUCCAUCCCGACCACAGACCGCCAUAUUCAGACCGCCCAAAGCUCUGACUGCGCAAGAUUUCCAGUCUUUUCCGAGUCACUCCGAAUCCAAGAAUAUACCUCGUCAACAAUAUGAAGGAUAUCAACUGCAAGAGAUAAGGCAGGUAAGCACCAGGACCAACAAUGUGCCGCAGGUGCCCUCUUUUGAAUCGGCAGUCACUGCACUUCAGACCAUGGAGCUGCUUUGUCAGGAAGCUGAUGCUCCCUGGGUGGAUGGCAUGUUGUUAGCAGGCUGUUUGGCUUACGGCCUGGGCAACUACGUGAAAGCUGAAGAGUGGUACAGGGCAGUUUUGAGACAGGACCCUAGCCAUAUUGAAGCCAUGUCUAACCUAGCAGCAACCUGUCACGCCCUCCACCGCCGCGAAGACGCACUCAAAUAUUGGUCAGACGCCGUCAGCUUACGACCGAGCUACUUUGAGGCCGUUGAGCAUCUGAUUGGGCUGCUCUGCGCAAGCCACCGAGCAAGAGAGGCUGUCAGUGUGAUCGAAUAUGUGGAGAACACACUUCGGAUCCGGGUCGACGAUCCCCAUAGCUCUUGGGCCGAACUGAGUGACGCAGAAAGCGAUACCAAAAGUCAUGCCUCGAGCAUCAGCACAGUCGCCUCGUACGACAAUGCCCAGUAUGACUACGAUCCUGAUCACAACCAGAAUUCCUCGGCGGCAUCCGAAUCGCAGCCUCCCGGCUAUGGUACUAGCGGCUAUGCAAUCCCUGGGGCAGACAACGGCCGGAUGCUGGCUCUUGUGCAUGCCAAGGGAAACAUGUUAUAUGCCCUGGGCCAAAACCAUGCUGCAGCUGCGGCAUUCGAGGACGCCGUUCUCAUCUCCACCGGCCAGAGGAAACAAGGGAUCAGGGGACUGAUCGAUGACAUUUUGAAGGCUUGUCUGUGCACCAUCCGCGACCGCGAGUACGUCCGAGCAAAGCUCGAGAGCAAGGAACCCAUUCUGCUGGCUCCUGAGCACGCCGAAGCCACUGCCAGGCACAUGUUUCCGCCAGAAGGCAAUUUACCCGGUCUCGAAUACGUCUCGCCGCCCUUUGCAGUACAGGCCGGAAUCUCCACCACCAGCAAUUCCCUGCUUUCGCUCGCCAAAAUAUACCAGGAUGGCAUGUCCAACGCGACAGAAAUUGGAAGUCUAAAAUCUCCAGCGACACGGGAGAUUCUGGCAUUGUACUACUUGUCGUUGUCUCUGCAGCGAAGUCCCUCUACAGCGAACAAUGUGGGAAUUCUCCUUGCCGGCGUUCAGCAAAGUGUGCAUCCCGAUCAUCUCGCCGAUUCGAACUUCUCCCAGAUUUCCAAUAUACCAGGGGUUGUUGCUGGCACCGGAGUGUCUUUGGCAUUGAUGUAUUACAACUAUGGCCUCAAUAUCGACCAGAAGCACGCCCAUUUAUUCACGAACUUGGGCAGCCUGCUGAAAGAUAUCGGGCAACUUGGCGCUGCGAUCAAAAUGUACGAGCGCGCCGUAUCCUGCGAUGGUAGUUUCGACAUUGCGCUGGCCAAUUUAGCAAACGCCGUCAAGGAUCAAGGUCGUGUGGCUGAUGCGAUUGCCUAUUACAAGCGAGCAGUUGCGGCCAACCCUGACUUCGCCGAAGCAGUUUGUGGGCUAGCUACGGCAUUGAACUCGGUGUGUAGUUGGGACGGCCGGGGAGGCAUCUGCGUGAGUGACAGCAUGCGGGACAGUCUACACGUAGACGAGAGAGGGAUGAAGCAACCACCAUCCCGCCCGUACGGUUGGAUCAACCGAGUGGUGGAAAUUGUCAAGAAACAGCUCAAGGAGGGGGAAACUUGGGGAUGUGGAACAUUGACCCCUGCAGUCAUCGACUCGCUGGCAACGCAGUUGACUUUGCAUAAGCAGUCUUCCCGGGACAACGGACGAAAUCAGACUCUGGAAACUGUCCGACAAGCACUGCGAUACUGGUCUGGACAGAGAUGGGAGGGGUCCAGGAUCGUGCGUCUUGUUGAACGCGCAAUCCGUCAAAUUGGGUGGCAAUGGUAUCAAGAUCGGUAUAAACGUCGAAGAGAGUAUCCGGCUCGAAAAUACGCUCGACCAUAUCUUCCCAACUCGAUGUCGCCACCAUCAGCGCCAACCGUGCUUCCUUUCCAUACAUUCACUGCACCACUCUCUGCCAAACAAGUUCGACAGAUCUCGCAGAGAAAUGCUCUCCGCAUCUCUGUAUGCACUCUUCGAUCUGCAUGGCUUCCGGCCACAGUGUUCCCUCCGCCGUCUCCUCCAAAUCCCUACCUGAACGUUGGCUAUGUCAGCUCGGACUUCAACAAUCAUCCUUUGGCGCAUCUGAUGCAAUCGGUCUUCGGCCUGCAUGACCCGUCGCGAGUGAGAGCUAUCUGCUAUGCAACAACUGCCUCUGAUGGGUCUGUCCACCGUCAGCAGAUCGAACGUGAAGCACCAAUCUUCCAUGAUGCGUCGUCGUGGAGUGUGGAACGACUAGUCAAUCAAAUUGUGAAAGACAACGUCCAUAUCUUGGUUAAUCUCAAUGGGUACACCAGAGGCGCACGAAACGAAGUGUUUGCCGCUCGGCCUGCACCUAUCCAUAUGUCUUUCAUGGGCUUUGCUGGUACACUAGGAGCUGAAUGGUGCGACUACGUCUUUGCUGACACGAUUUCGGUGCCGCCGGACACGCUCUCUCCAUGGCGACGCAAUGUGGAUAUUGAAGAUCGGUUACGGACGGACUCGUUGGUGGAGGACCUUGAAGAUUGGGUGUACUCGGAAAACGUCAUCUUCUCGCGUGACACAUUCUUCUGUGUCGACCACAAGCAAAGUGCCCCCGACGCAGAGAAUGGCCCUCCAAAUCUCAAAGAUCCCGUCAAGCGUGACACGGCUUGGGAACGCGAACAAGACAGGCGCUGGAAACUCAGGAAAGAGCUGUUCCCAAACUUGUCGGACUCGGCUGUAAUUUUGGGCAACUUCAACCAGCUCUACAAAAUUGAUCCAGCCACGUUCGACAUGUACCUCCAGAUUCUCAAGGCGGUCCCCAACGCAAUAUUGUGGCUACUGCGUUUCCCGGAUUUGGGCGAGCAAAAUCUCAAACGCUAUGCUGAAAAAUGGGCUGGCAAGCAAGUUGCUGACCGCAUCGUGUUCACCGACGUGGCUGCCAAAGGAACGCACAUCACACGCGCCUCUGUCGUUGACCUCUUCCUCGACACGCCGGAAUGCAACGCACAUACCACUGCUGCCGACACCGUCUGGUCCGGCACGCCCAUCGUGACAUGGGGUAAAUGGAAGUAUAAGAUGUGCAGUCGCAUGGCCGGAAGCAUUGUAGCUAGUGCACUACCAGAGGGCCGUGAAGGUGACGAUGCAAGGAGGGAUCUGCUCGUCCGAAGCGAGAAGCAUUACAUCGACACGGCAAUUGAUCUCGCACUGGAUCUCGAAUACCCGUCAUCCGAGUCCAACGGACGGAAAAUUGGGCGUGGUAGGGGCAGACUGGUGGACUUGCGGCGCAUGUUGUGGGAAGGGCGUUGGACAAGUCGGUUGUUCGACACGAAGCGCUGGGUGAGGGAUUUGGAAACGGCAUAUUGGGCUGCUUGGAGGAAGUGGGAGAAAGGCGAAGGUGGUGACAUAUGGUUAUGA